UUUUCAAAAAGUAUUGGUAAACAAGCGGGGAAAUUAUUUUUUGGAAAUCAUAAGCGUUUAACCUUUUGGCGGGCCGGUUCGACUUUCCAAUGUCGGCCGGCGAGUCCUCGUUUCUUUCUGUUUUGACACCAUCGCUCUUUCAGUAUCUCUUCGUAUUUCUUUGAUAAAUUUUUUUCUUUAAUUCUCUCUCUUCCCAUAUAUUUGGGAUUCAGCCUUAUUUAAUUUCCUUUUUGAUUGGGAUUCUGCCCUAUUGCAUUUCCUCUUUUUUUUUUGAGUGGAUUUAAUUUCCUUUUUAGUCUCAUUUCAUUUUAUAUUUUUGGGCAGAAAUCCUUCUUUUUUUUCUUCUUCUUCUUUUUUGCCUUUAAUUUUAUGUGAUCAAAUUCUUAUUUCAAACGCUGCUAAUCCAAGUGUUUUUUUAAUACAGUGAUCUAAGGCUGUUUGAUAGUAGCUGUAAAAGCAUUGGGAUAUGUCAAAAGAAAGAAAUGAGUCAAGUGUUCUUGCAAAGUUGAUGUGUAUUGAUAAGCCACUUAGCUCAAAUACUACAUAUCAAAGGCAAAGAGUAUUCUCAGAGAAUUAUCUUCAGAACAUUGCUUCAGUUGCUAAAAGGGAUAAAGUGUUGCCACUAUCAGAUAAUGCUGAUUUUGACAUUGUUUUGCUUGCUGGAACUGGCAAAUUUUUGCAUGAUCGAAGAUUUUCUUCGCCAUCCAGCUCCUCUUUUGGGUAUCAGAAUGGAAACAAAUCAUUCUCUGAACAUACUGAUGGAAGGCCUGUUCGAGUGAACAGAAGGAGUAGCUCGUCUUCAUCAUCUAAUUCCACUUUUGGCAAUCGGAAACGUAAAAACUCGAUGUCUGAUGGAAUUUGUCUUCCAGAGAAGAGAUCAAUGUGUAGCUCCUCUUUUGACAGCAUAAAAUCUACAACUGAAAGCUCUCUGUCUUCUAAGGAAAUAGCAAAGCAAGUAACUGGGCAAGUCAAGCAUAGUGUAUGGCAUUGCUGUGCUGAGUUAUUCAGUAUGAAUCCUAAAAGUGAAAACAGCAGUCAGAAUGUAGUGCAGGAAGGAUUGACUUCACCUCCAUGUUCAUUAAAUUCAGAAAAGAAACGUGAAGUUUCAUGCUUUACUCCAGCCAAGGAAUAUACUAACAAGGAAACCCAGAAAGCCGAAAAGCAACUUUCAGAAAGACGGAGGAAGAGAAAGUUUUCCCUUGAAGAAAGAAAUUGUUGCGGAAGCAAAAUCCAAUAUGAAGGGUUUGUUACAAGUAGUAAAGAAAGGAAUUUCAACACUACUAAUAUGAAUGGAUGUCCGGUUUAUGCUGCGCGAUACUUGGCUAAACCAGUGCUCUUCCCAUCUGCUUGGAUUCCUAGAAGUAGAGCAAGACAGUUAUCACUUGAUAGAAAUUGGUGUUUGAGACCAUCCAAGAGGGUUAGUAAGCAAUGCAAUGAUUCAGAUGACAAUCUAACAUCAGAAUCUGGUAACAGAUCUAAAGUUGAUUCUUUGUGUUCAAAUUGUGAUCUUGCUCCUCUAACAUUGGAAUCUAAGGAAGCUGUGGAUGAAGAAUAUGAAAAAACAAACACUUGUAUCAAAUUAAUGACAGAAAACUUGUCAAGUGAUGCAGAGACUGGGCAACACCAGUUGAAGAUCAAAGGCUAUGACUCUGAACAUCCACGUUCUCCCGUGAGUUCACUAGAAGGACCAGAGAAUUUGAGCCAUGAACCUUUGGCAGUUUCAGACUUGGAGAAUGAUGGCCAAGGUUUGCAAAUCAAGCUUCUACAAAUAGAAACAAUGUCUUUUGAAUCGGUUUCAGAGGGUCUAGAGAUGGUGGUAUCUAGUGAUGAGGGUGAUGAACCGAGCUCAGUAGGUUUCUAUCAGAAAGAUCCUCAAAUUAUCGAAAUUUAUCAAACUAGAGUCGAAGAAUGCUGGGAUUUCUCUUAUGUAGUUGAUGUAGUGGCGGAGUCAGGACUUCAGAUGAGGGACUUAGAAGAAAUGGGAAGCUGCCUAAGCCGAAAUUUGUUCUUGCGCGAUAAUGUUUUGGACCCGUUGGUGUUUUCAUCACUCGAGAAGAAGUAUGGGAAGUGUAUACCGAGGGAGAAGUCAGAAAGAAGGCUCUUAUUUGAUCGUUUAAAUUUGGGCCUCAUCGAGAUCUUUAAACCUUCAGUUGGCUUAAACACAUGGAGAAAACCAGUAGCAAAAAGAUUUUGUGCAUGCCAAAAAGGUCAGGAGCUCGAGGAAGUGUUGUGGUCCGUACUUGUGAACCAACAUGACGAGGUGAAGAAGGAUUCUUCUGAUAAAGUGUGUCAAAAGGAGUUGGAAUGGUUAGACUUAGAAGAAGAUACAGAUUUGAUAAUACAAGAGUUACAGUGUUUUCUGGUAGAUGAACUUAUAGAGGAGGUUUUGUGCAUGUAGGUACCAUUUUUUUCAAGGCUUUUUUUUAUGUUCUUCAUGUAGGUGAGGGUUUAUGUCAUUGAAUUUGUAAAAAGCAAAUGCAUUUUUGCGGAGUUUUUUUAGAGUCUGCAUGCUGCUAGAUCGUGAGGAAUAAAAAUAUAACAGCUAGUCUUGGCCGUGACCAUCUUAAUAUAAGACGGCCCAUCUACCUUCCGGUCCAAGUUUUUGUAAAAAUACAAUAUUACGUCUAUAGGGAUUUAUUUGUUUGAUAAGAUUUGCAUUUAGGUUAAUGAUGUAUGUGAGAGUUCAUCAUAUUUUUGGGUCA